AUGGCAGAACACAAGAAGGAAUUGGAGAAGAUGACAAAACCUGUCAUUGAUACUCUAAGAAGCUACCAGGACUUGCCUCCGGAUAAAGCUCUAACUGCUCUAGCAAUCGAGGACAAGAAGAGACAGUUUGCAGCCGCGGAAAAGUAUUUAGAAGAAGUAUUACAAUCUGCCUUGGAUAUUGUGUGUUUUGAGUCUAAAUGA